CGCACGCGAUGGGCGGGGUGUGGACGCCGCUGCGAUGGCUGCCCACAGGUGUCGGACCAGCGGAGCCCCCGGCCCCUCUCAGAGCCCGGCCUCCUGACGCCGCUAGGGGGCGGGGCCCCCCCGGGCCGCCUCCGCCGCUGUCAUGUAUCCGCCGCUGCCGCCGCCGGCGCCGCAUCGGGACUUCAUCUCGGUGACGCUGAGCCUCGGCCAGAGCUACGACGGAAGCAAAAGCUGGCGGCGGCGCUCGUGCUGGAGGAAAUGGAAGCAGCUGUCGAGGUUGCAGCGGAACGUGAUACUCUUCUCGCUCACGUUCCUGAUGCUCUGUGGCUUCCUGUCCUACAUCAGCGUGGCUGACCAGUGGACAGCCGUGGACGGCAGGUCAGCGGAAGAGCAGAAAACGAGACCAGCAGAUCCACCCGUCUUGCCAGCUCCUCAGAAAGCAGAUGCACAUCCAGAAAACAUGCAGGGGGCCUUACCUCAGAAGCCUCAGAGGCAUUUCCGACGGGGACCACCCAACCUGCAUCUUAGAGCCCCCGGUAAAGACUCCGAGGACCCGAGGCAGGGAGACACCAAGCGGAGGGAUGAGGCGGUGGGCGAUGCUCAUCAGGAGGAAAGCACGCAGAGAACGGUGGUCAGCUGGAGGGGAGCGGUGAUUGAGCCGCAGCCCGGCACCGAACUUCCUUCGAGGAAGGCAGAGGCCCCCGCCAGGCCUUCCUCCCAGGCCCCCAGGAUUCAGAACCCAGCAGCCUCCCCAAACGAGCGUCAGAGAGCUGUGAUUGACGCCUUCCGCCACGCGUGGGCCGGAUACCGCAAAUUCGCCUGGGGCCAUGAUGAGCUGAAACCUGUGUCCAGGUCCUUCAGUGAGUGGUUUGGCCUGGGCCUGACCCUGAUUGACGCUCUGGACACCAUGUGGAUUUUGGGUCUGAAAAAAGAGUUUGAAGAGGCCAGGAAGUGGGUGUCGAAGAAGCUACGGUUUCAGAAAGAUGUGGACGUCAACCUGUUUGAGAGCACAAUCCGGAUCCUUGGUGGGCUUCUGAGCGCCUACCACCUGUCGGGGGACGAGCUCUUCCUGAGGAAGGCUGAAGAUUUUGGGAAUCGGCUCAUGCCUGCGUUCCAGACGCCUUCCAAGAUCCCGUACUCCGACGUCAACAUCGGCACUGGGGCCGCCCACCCGCCCCGCUGGACCUCGGACAGCACGGUGGCCGAGGUCACGAGCAUUCAGCUGGAGUUCCGGGAGCUCUCGCGCCUCACGGGAAGUAAGAAGUUUCAGGAGGCUGCGGAGGAGGUGACGCGGCAUGUCCACUCCCUGUCGGGCAAGAAGGACGGGCUGGUGCCCAUGUUCAUCAAUACGCACAGCGGCCUCUUCACGCACAUGGGCGUGUUCACUCUGGGAGCCAGGGCCGACAGCUACUACGAGUACCUGCUGAAGCAGUGGAUCCAGGGUGGAAAGCAGGAGACGCAGUUGCUAGAAGACUACCUGGAAGCCAUCGAGGGAAUCAGAAGGCACCUGCUGCGCAGGUCUGAGCCCAGAAAGCUCACCUUCGUGGGGGAGCUGGCCCACGGCCGCUUCAGCGCCAAGAUGGACCACCUGGUAUGCUUCCUGCCAGGGACGCUGGCUCUGGGCGCCCACCACGGCCUGCCCGCCGACCACAUGGAGCUGGCCCGGGCGCUCAUGGACACCUGCUACCAGAUGAACCGUCAGAUGGAGACGGGGCUGAGCCCCGAAAUCGUGCACUUCAACCUGUACCCCCAGAACGACCACAAAGACGUGCAAGUCAAGCCGGCCGACAGGCACAACCUGCUGCGGCCCGAGACGGUGGAGAGCCUGUUCUACUUGUACCGCCUCACGGGGGACCGCAAGUACCAGGACUGGGGCUGGGAAAUUCUGCAGAGCUUCAACACGUACACGCGGGUCCCCUCGGGUGGCUACUCCUCCAUCAGCAACGUCCAGGAUCCCCUCAAUCCCCAGCCCAGGGACAAGAUGGAGAGCUUUUUUCUGGGGGAGACGCUUAAGUACCUGUAUCUGCUCUUCUCUGAUGACCCAGACCUGCUCAGCCUGGACACCUAUGUGUUCAACACGGAGGCUCACCCCUUGCCCAUCUGGGCCCCGCCUAGGGAGGUGUGAUGCCCCUGUGGGCCCUGCCUCAGUUGUGACACGUGCUUGCUGUGAUUCAGGGUUGUCUUGUCCACUAGAGGAGAGUUUUUCCUUCUUCCUGUGAAUCUUGAAUCAUGUUUACAUUCCGAAUACCCAAAUAUCUUCUCGUCUGCUGGUGCCCGGCCCCGUUUCCAUCCUGGUAUCUCCAGGGCUGCUCUGGGUCCCCCCACAUCAUGUUCAGAGACAAUAGCUGAAGGGACGUACCAACAUGGGGCUCAGCCUGGAGUCUCAGAGCUGGCACGUAUGCUGGUCCGAGGGUCUCAGUGCACCUGGCGGACUGUGGUGUUUACACUUGGACUCAGGGAUCCUCUCCUGGCCCUGCAGGGGGUGCCAGGAGAGGUGGGGGACCAGUUCAUCCUGCUCCUGGACCAUGCCAAGGAAUGGACUUUCCAGGCAGCAUAAAUUAGUUUCCCAUGUUGGUAAGUGGAUCUCUUCCUUGAAUGAUUUUUGUGUAGAUUGAGAAAAAGCCAUUGUUUUGGACAUCUAGAUUUCAGUCCGUUGAUGUCAUCUUUGUGUCCCAGAUCAUACUGCCAUCUUCCAUACAGAAGUUAACACUGUGUGUAACUUACCUUUCAUUGUACAAGUUGACAUGCUCACUCUUUGGGAACAGAAGGUUCACGCCAGCCUUUCCUGGAAACAGACAAACAGCAAACAGUGGGUAGUGAGGAGUAUUAAACCCAGUUUUGCUUUUCAUUAACUUUUGCUACAGUUUAUAAGGUACAAAAGUUAAUGCAAUUCGGGACUUCAGUAUCAUGGCAAAGAUGAGUAUAGUCAAGGAAGUGGAGUGGGUGUCUGUAGCAUGGCAGUGAGGUGGCUCCAACCUCUGAUUCUCCCUAGAAACAUAAAGGAGGCAGAACCAUCAUGAUCAGUCUUCAACAAUAGCAAUAACCAAAUCAUGAGGAAAAAAAGUAUGGCUCAUUUAAUGGAAUGAAGUUAGUUGGUAGAAACUAUCCCUAAAGAGGUCCAGAUAUGAGAAUUCUUAGAAAAAGACUAAGAAGGUUCUUCAAUGUGCUCUAAAAACUCAAAACAUGCAUGUGGUGAUAAAACAAAUCAGGAAAUGUUUGUGUGCUCUGAGGAUAUUGGUAAGGGAAAUCAUCAAGAGGAAUAAGUCUUUUGCUGAAGUGUGUAGUUGGGAUAUUUAUCAGUGGUGGCCAAUAGCAGAAGGAGUUCUGAGAGGGCCCGGAAGUGGGACUGACAGCCCCUGAUUUGAGCAGUGGAAGAAGAACAUGAAGAACCGUGAACAGAGCCCACAGGACCCCCAGGGCCCCAUCCUGAGUCGGCCCUGCGUGUGCAUUACCAUAGGAGUCUCAGAAGACAGAAAGGGGCGUGACAAUAUUUGAAAAAGUGAUGCAAAUUUACCAAAUUUGAUGUCAUAAGAUAUAAAUCUACGAAUUCAA